GGGCUCACGUGACACCCUCCCCAAUCCCUACGUAGGACCUGGGGCAAAGGUCUUCGUGUCUCGCCCUUGCCCACGUGCGUGGCCCGGCUCCACCCACCAGCGAGGGAGCUUGGCCAGCGCCGCGGGCUCGCCCGCCCACGCCCUGUGUUUCUGUCGCGGGGCUGCCAGCGCGGUGGCCGAGUGCGGAUGAGUGCGGCUCCGGGCGCGCGGGGGCCGGUGUGCGCGGUGGAGUCCCCGCCGGCCCCGCCCUUGCGGCCCCUGUUCAGACACGUGCGGUACGAGAACCUCGUGGCGGGUCUGAGCGGCGGUGUUGUCUCUACCCUGGUGCUGCAUCCGCUGGACCUGGUGAAGAUCCGCUUCGCAGUGAGUGACGGGUUGGAAUUGAGACCAAAAUACAAUGGUAUUCUACACUGUUUGACCACUGUCUGGAAGCAUGAAGGACUACGUGGCCUGUACAAAGGGGUAACUCCAAACAUUUGGGGUGCAGGUGCCUCCUGGGGACUCUACUUUUUCUUCUAUAAUGCCAUCAAAGCCUAUAAGGAGGAAAGAAAGCUAGAAAGUCUUGGUGCAACGGAGCACCUAGUGUCAGCUGCUGAGGCCGGAGUCAUGACCCUCUGUAUCACAAACCCAAUAUGGGUAACGAAGACGCGGCUUGUGUUACAGUAUGAUGCUGGCAUUGAUUCAUCAAAGCGCCAGUACAAAGGAAUGUUUGAUGCUCUUAUAAAGAUAUACAAGCUGGAGGGUAUACGUGGCUUAUACAAGGGAUUUGUGCCUGGUCUGUUUGGAACUUCACAUGGAGCACUUCAGUUCAUGGCAUAUGAAGAUCUGAAAUUGAGAUACAAUAAACAUAGAAACAGACUAUUGGAUACAAAAUUGACUGCUUUAGAAUACAUUACCAUGGCAGCACUAUCCAAAAUAUUUGCUGUGUCAGCAACAUACCCAUAUCAAGUAGUGCGAGCUCGUCUUCAGGAUCAACACAAUAGGUACUCUGGAAUGGUUGAUGUUAUUCGCAGGACGUGGAGGAAAGAAGGAGUUCAUGGAUUUUACAAAGGAAUCAUCCCCAAUGUGAUCAGAGUGACUCCUGCCUGCUGUAUCACCUUUGUAGUAUAUGAAAAUGUAUCUAAUUUUUUGCUUAAUUUUAGAAAAGAGAAUCAUUAAAUUAAAGCUAGGAGUUUGCAUCCAAA